AAAGUAGCCAACAUGGGUUCUGCAAAUCUCUCUUAUUCCCAGCUCCGAAAAUACGGACAAGGUUCUCGUUGCUGCCGGUCAUGCUCUAACCGACAUGGUCUCAUCCGCAAAUACGGUUUGAAUAUCUGCCGUCAGUGCUUCAGGGAGUACGCCAACGAUAUUGGCUUCAAGAAGCUCGAUUAGUCAUUCCCUUGGAAGAAGAAGAA